AUGCAAACCACAAAACCCCAUGUAGUUCUCUUGGCAAGCCCUGGUUUGGGCCCCCUGAUCCCUGUCCUCGAGCUUGGCAAACGCCUGGUCACCCACCAUAGCUUCCGUAUAACAAUCUUUGUUUUGGCAUCUGAAGCAUCAACUGCACAAACCCAACUUCUUGAAUUACCCAACAUGAACGUUCUUAACAUUGUUUCCCUUCCAUUUGUAGAUACAUCAGACAAAGUUGAUGCAGCUGCGCAUAUAGUAACGAAAAUAGCCGUCAUGAUGCGAGAGUCCUUGCCAGGCCUGCGUUCCACAAUAGCUGCAAUGAAGUCUCGCCCAACAGCUUUGAUUGUGGACUUGCUCGGCACUGAAGCGUUACCAGUUGCCGAUGAAUUCAAGAUGUUUAAGUACGUGUUCAUUGCUUCCAAUGCAUGGUUUCUUGGAAUCACUAUUUACGCUCCAACCGUUGAAAAAAUAGUGAAUGAAGAGCACGUUAAGCAGCAAAAGCCUCUGAAAAUUCCGGGGUGCAAACCGAUUCGGUUUGAGGAUACCCUGGAAUCUUUUUUGAACCGCAAUGAUCAAUUGUACGGAGAAUAUGCACGUGUAGGACUUGAAAUACCAGAAGCUAAUGGGAUUUUGCUGAACACUUUUGAGGACCUCGAGCCCAAAACGCUUAGAUCCUUGAGAGAUGCUAAGCUGCUGGGCCGGGUUGCUAAAGUACCAGUAUUUCCAAUUGGUCCGGUUGUGAGACAACUUGGACAUCAGGUUUUUACUGACCCUGUUUUUGAUUGGCUAGACAAGCAACCCAGUCAAUCAGUGAUUUAUGUCUCGUUUGGAAGUGGAGGUACCUUGUCAGCCAAGCAAAUGACAGAAAUCGCUUGGGGUUUGGAACUUGGCCAACAAAGGUUUAUUUGGGUGGUUCGUCCUCCUGUUGAAGGUGAUGCAUCGGGGACAUUUUUCACUGUUGGAAACGAUUCGGAUGGUACCCCGGAUUACUUGCCCGAAGGGUUCCUGACUCGAAUCUAAGAUAGAGGACUAGUGGUCCCAAUGUGGGCUCCACAAGCAGAGAUUUUGGCCCAUCCAUCAGUUGGUGGAUUUGUGUCACAUUGCGGGUGGAAUUCCACCAUGGAAAGUUUACUCAAUGGGAUACCUCUCAUUGCUUGGCCGCUCUACGUCGAGCAAAAAAUGAAUGCCGCAAUGCUGACGGAAGAGCUUGGCCUGGCGCUUAGGCCAAAGGUGUUGACGUCAAGCAGAAUAGUGGAGAGAAAAGAGUUGGAGAUGAUGAUGAGAAAAAUCAUGGUAGACAAGGAUGGGCAGGAAAUAAGAGAUAGAGCCAAGGAAUUAAAAUUUAAUGCGCAAAAGGCGUUGAGCAAGGGCGGUUCUUCUUAUAUUUCACUUUCCCGAGUUGCCAAAGUCAUUGAAAUGAGCCUCAAAGCAAAGGCUCAAGGUGCUUAGUCUUUUCAACGU